ACCUGCUGCAGCCGUGGCCCGGCCGAGCGCCGCGUGAGCCGCGCGUUGAGCACACGCUCGCGCUCCAGCUCCCCGCCUUCGCUGUUCAUGACCGACAGUGUCCUCUGGCUGCAGCCUCCGCCAGCCCCCGCCUCAGGCCCGCUGCCUGCUCCCCGCCGCCGCGAGGGCGCCGAGCGUAGGAAGGCAGGCGCGGUGUGUGCCCCGCCCAGCCCGCGACCCCUGCCCGCUACCGGCUGCCUGGCCCAGCUGGCACCAUGCUGCCCGCGCGCUGCGUCCGCCUGCUCACGCCCCACUUGCUGCUCAUGUUGGUGCAGCUGUCCCCCGCUCGCGGUCACCGCACCACCGGCCCCAGGUUUCUCAUAAGUGACCGUGACCCUCAGUGCAACCUCCACUGCUCCAAGACUCAACCCAAACCCAUCUGCGCAUCUGACGGCAGGUCCUACGAUUCCAUGUGUGACUACCAGCGAGCCAAGUGCCGAGACCCGACCCUGGGUGUGGUCCACCGAGGCCGAUGCAAAGAUGCUGGCCAGAGCAAGUGUCGCUUGGAGCGGGCUCAAGCCCUGGAGCAGGCCAAGAAGCCUCAGGAGGCUGUGUUUGUCCCGGAGUGUGGCGAGGAUGGCUCCUUUACCCAGGUGCAGUGCCAUACCUACACAGGAUACUGUUGGUGUGUCACCCCGGACGGGAAGCCCAUCAGCGGCUCUUCUGUGCAGAAUAAAACUCCUGUAUGUUCAGGUUCAGUCACCGACAAGCCCUUGAGCCAGGGUAACUCGGGAAGGAAAGUUUCUUUUCGCUUCUUUUUAACCCUCAAUUCAGAUGAUGGGUCUAAGCCAACACCCACGAUGGAGACCCAGCCCGUGUUCGAUGGAGAUGAAAUCACAGCUCCCACCCUCUGGAUUAAGCACUUGGUAAUCAAAGACUCCAAACUGAACAACACCAAUAUAAGAAAUUCAGAGAAAGUCCACUCAUGUGACCAGGAAAGACAGAGCGCCCUGGAAGAGGCCCGGCAGAAUCCCCGUGAGGGCAUUGUCAUCCCUGAGUGUGCCCCCGGGGGACUCUAUAAGCCAGUGCAGUGCCACCAGUCCACCGGUUACUGCUGGUGUGUGCUGGUGGACACCGGGCGCCCGCUGCCUGGGACCUCCACUCGCUACGUGAUGCCCACCUGCGAGAGUGACGCCAGAGCCAAGAGUGCAGAGGUGGAAGACCCCUUCAAGGACAGGGAGUUACCAGGCUGUCCAGAAGGGAAGAAAAUGGAAUUCAUCACCAGCCUCCUGGACGCCCUCACCACUGACAUGGUUCAGGCCAUUAACUCAGCAGCACCCACUGGAGGUGGGAGAUUCUCAGAGCCAGACCCCAGCCAUACCCUGGAGGAGCGAGUGGUGUACUGGUACUUCAACCAGCUGGACAGCAACAGCAGCAAUGACAUUAACAAGCGGGAGAUGAAGCCCUUCAAGCGCUAUGUGAAGAAGAAAGCCAAACCCAAGAAAUGUGCCCGGCGUUUUACUGACUACUGUGACCUGAACAAGGACAAGGUUAUCUCACUGCCUGAGCUGAAGGGCUGCCUGGGUGUCAGCAAAGAAGUAGGACGCCUCGUCUAAGGAGCAGAAAAGCAAAGGACGGUGGAGAGUCCACGAAGGCAAGAUGACCACCAGACACCUAACUAACCCUCAGCGCGGCCCACGGCCAGCCACAUCCCGUGUAACAUAAGUGGUGCCCACCAUGUUUGCACUUUUAAUAACUCUUAUUUGUGUGUUUUCUGGUUUCAUUUGUAAACGACCAAUAUCUAAUACCAAGUGGGAAGAGGAAAGGGAAGAAAGACUGUGUUCUCUCUCUUAUUGUAAGUUUUUGGAUCUGCUACUGACAACUUUUAGGUUAUUGGGGGGGAGGGGUGUUGUUGGGACUGAGAGGAAAGAGAUUUAUAUACUGUAUAUAAAUAUAUAUGUAAAUUGUAUAGUUCUUUUGUACAGGCAUUGGGAUCGCUGUCGGCUCCUUCCCCUCCCUCGCCCGGCUGUGGGUUGUGGGUACUCUGGACUCCCAGUCCAGGUUUCUAGAACCUAGGACUCUAUCUUCUCCCUACCUAGAUUCCAUGGAGGCUGACCCUUGCGUGCAUAUUGACAGGAGCUCUGCGGUUGCUUUGCAGAUGCCCCUGGCUCUCUUCUGGCGGGAGGAGUGUACUGCCUCGUGACAUUAGCUAUCAAACUUGGCAAGUCACCAGGCCCUUGGCCUUCUCGAGGGAGGCUGAGUUGAAGAGAGACAGGCAUGGCCCCUGGAGAGGAAGGGAGCCCCAUGACGUGAAUAGUCAGCCCAGCCCCGGUUCUCACAUGGCCCAAGCGUUCCUGCUAUCCAGGUCCCCAGGGAGCCCAGGGUCAUUCAGAACCUUAGUAUCUUAGUGAUUCACUGAGCAAGUUAUCCUCCAAAGAUUUGCAUUAGGUCAGUUUCAACAUUCCAUGUUUAGUACCUAUUCUGUGGAGGGCAUGAGGAGGGAGGCAAAGAAGAAAGGGACGUGCAGUAGGGCCUUUUAUGUAGUAUGUUUGAUACCUGAGAAACCCAGGGAAGAGGACAGAAAGCCUGCCAACAGCGGAGCACCAGCCUCCGGCACGUGCACAGAUGAGGCUCCUGAGCGUAGCUCACCGUGGAGGUCACACUGGGUUUUGACCUCCACUCUCCUCCCACCGUCAUCCUCAGUGAUCAUCGCAAGCUUCCAGGCCAAUUCCAAUUCCAAUUCCAAGCUUCCAGUCAAUUCCAGAAGUCAAACGAACGAGUCUUGGGUCUUCAACUUCUGCCCCGUCCAGAAGGGCAGGAGUAAGGAGCAGUUAUGGGAAUCCAGGCCUACCUUUCCAGAAUGUUUCCAGGAUUCCAGGUGGGCUGCCCAGCCCUUGGGGCAGAUGCAAAGCUUCAUCUGCCAGAGCUGCAAGUGAUACUUGGCUCCUUUUCCCACAGGCAAAUGUGAUGACAGUGAGGGAGGUCACAUAGCCCAGGACUUGUGUCCUCACCUGAUUGCUCUUGGCAAUCCGGCCUCAUUUUGUAUUCCAUCCCCUACAUGCAUCUGUCUUGGCAAACGGUUUUCCAUUUUGGGUCUGGAAGGCAUUGGCGCCAUCAGCACUGCCCCAGUGGGGGAGUGGGGCUUCUUGGGACUUGAUCUGAUGGGGUCUCAGGCUAGAGAAAAUUCUUGCUAUAUUGGAUAAAGUCUUGGGGAGAGCCAGUGGCCUGUCCUGACGUGGUAAAGCAGAACAGAAGCUCUCUCCUACAACCUUGACCAGAAAACAGCAUGCUGGAGCUGGAUGAACCUUGCAGGAGCCCCCAGCUGCCUUUGCUGGCUGGAGGAAGCGUGCACACACAGAGAAGGCACCUCCUUGUAGGAGUGCAGACUUCUCAGCCACCUUCUCUCUCACAUUUGUGCACAGGCUGUGUUGUGUGGUUUUCCUUGU